AUGCUGAGCAGAAAAGUAUCCGGUGCGGGGCUGUUGAGCACGGUUGCGGGGAUAGAUCGUGGAAGGGUUGGGGAAAGGUUACAGGCGGCAUUGGCCGGACUGCAGGAGUUACAUUUUCUCAAGGAGAGGCAGGGCGAUAAAGUGUUUUGGGCACUACGGAUGGACCGGGACGAAACAGUGUCCCAGCCAAGCGCGGAGAAUCCAGAACUUGGGACGGAGGAGCAGCGACUGGAGGCGACUUUGACAGCCCUUAAACAGCAGCUGUCUCGGCUGCGCAGACAGGACGUGGGGUUGAAGAGCCACCUGCAGCAGCUGGACCAGCAGAUCAGCGAGCUGAAGCUGGAUGUGUGUAAGGUCUCCACCGAGCAACUGGAGAGCGACAGCAGGCCCAGCUCAGGUUUCUAUGACUUGAGCGAUGGCGGUUCGGGGUCUCUGUCCAACUCCUGUACUUCUGUGUACAGUGAGUGCCUGUCCUCUUCACAGUCCAACCUCCACCCCACCCCCUGCCCCCCGGGCCCGAGCCCGCACUGCCCCCCUGGACACCCAGAGGCAUCCCGCCGGCGGUCUGCUGACGAGAGCGCCGCCCAGGCGGAGCAACCGCGAGGAGGCGGGGUGCGUCUGGGCAGCAGCUGGAUCCGCACCGGCACGGCCGGCGCUGACCGGGCCCGACAGAGACCCGUCUCCACAGGAGACCUUGACAGGAUGUUGAUCCCUGGUCUUGGAUUCUACAAGUCUGCUGACACGAAGAAGCCUUCCUUGAGUCACAACAUAAGGUCCUCUGUUGUAAACCCUAAAUUUCAGAAUAACUUGGUGUCCCGCAGUGGCACUGAGGUGUACCACUACCCCAGCCCCCUUCAUGCCGUGGCCCUGCAGAGCCCCAUCUUCUCUCUGAGCGGGGAUGUGGUCACACCUGGGGCCGGAGACACCCCUGGGACCCAGGACGGGGCCACUCCUGACUCUGACUCUAUGCAGUGGAGACCAGGGUGCACAGAAAGCAGGCCUGUCAGCUACAUUAACAAGCUCCUGAAGCGCAGGCAGGGUAAGGUCAACCUCCAGAGUGAGGCAGGGAGAGACCAGGCCCAGCCCCCCAUGAGGAGUCACACGGAGGCCACUGCCGGAGUCACCAGGGGGUCAGGACUAAUCUGUGGCCUAGCGUCCAGGAUGCAGGAACACAGUCUACAUCAGCGCUCGGCAGAGCUCCUUACAGAGUGCUCAAGGCUCCCACAAGCCCCAAACUACGGUCAGGAACUGGUGAGCAGUGUCAGCCAUGCUUCCAACAUGAAUCACAUAGAGGAAGUGGUGGCCUCCUGUCACUACGCUUACCAAGCAGCCAGAGAAUCAAACCCCAAGGACGUCACCGUCACCGCCCCACCAGGCCAGAGCACCCGGGCAUUGGAGGAGGGCAGCAGGAAUUCUCAGGUUGGUGGAGACACCCUCAGGGGUGAGGUGUUGGACAGGAAGGCAGCGCAAAGGAGGGCGGGUCCAGCCAGGAGCUCCAGCACAGAGGAAGGCAGAGUCUCUGAGGGGCCCCUCUCCCGCACGGCCCAGCCAGAGUUCGUCCACGCCCAGUUUGUGCCGGCGGGGUCGCAGCGGGUGAAGGUGAGGCAAGCCGACAGGAAGAUGAAGGCGGUGCGGCUGAGGAAGAAGAGCUGCGAGAAGCUGCGGGUGACGAAGCAGCUGCACCUGCAAAGUGAGACGGGGAAGGAGGCCGGCUUCAGAGAACACAAGCAAGCAGGGGCAGGGAGGGUGGCGCAGAGGCAGGCCGGCUCUGCUGGGGACGGGGGUGGCCAGUCGUGCUCUGAGAGCAGCCUGUCAGGCUCCACCCUUCCCAACCACUCCCGGCUGCAACCUCAGUUCGAACCAGGCCUCAGACCCAACAAGGCCCACAGGGCACAGAAGCAGGAGUGCGUGCCAGCCGACCCAGGCAGAAGGAAGCAGGUGGCCCGGAAGUGGCAGUCUGCCGUUGAGAUCUCCGCCAGGAUCAACCCAGCUGGCUCCACCCAGGGUCAAAGGGCAAGGGAGACACAGACCCAAGGGGCAUCACGCAGGGCUGGGAUGGUGCGCAGUGUGAGUGCCAGGCCCCGUUCUGGGCAGUGGGGGCACCCUAGCCUUAACCCCACCACCUCCUCCUCUCAUCUGCGCAGUUACAGUUCCAGGUACCCGCCAGCCCCCUUCCCGGCGCAGCGCUCCCGUUACCCCCCACGGAGCGAAUCGGAGCUGUCUGAGUACUCUGCGGACUGCACCUCCCUCUUCCACUCCACCAUCGCGGAGAGCAGCGAGGGCGAGCUCAGCGACUUCACUGCCAACCGCUUCGGCGACAGCGAGUCCAGCCACGACUCCCAGUCCUCCUCCGAGUCCGACAGCAGCCUCUCACUUGAGGAGGGGGAUGAGGAGGAGGAGGAAGAGGGGGGCCUGGUGUGGGCGGAGGCCGCGCUGGGACCCACCGCUGCUGGGCUGUCCCUGCACCAGCCCCGCCCCGAGCCCCCGGCCUGCCGUAUCAAGGCAUCCCGUGCCCUGAAGAAGAAGAUUCGGCGCUUUGAGCCCGCCGCACUGAAGGUGAUGACGCUGGUGUAG